GCCGGUCUGAAACCGACCCCGACCGAGCUGGAACGCCGCCGCCAUCCGCUGCCUGUACUGUACGUGCGCGCCGCUAUAUAUACGAGCCCCCGCGCGGCGCCCCCGGCCCAUGUCCUUACGCAAUCGCCGCACGACGUUGCCCGGUCGCUGCUUCCGCCGCCGCCUGGUCUUGGGGGUUACUAAUAACCAGCUAGAGCUAGCUAUAUAUCCAGGAGCAGCCGAUGAUGGCGGCCAAGAGGGACAGGGCGGCGUGGGAAGCGGAGGCGGCCGCGGCCGGCGUCGCGGACACGGCCCGCCUGCGCCUGCUCGGGCUCCUCGCGCAGGCGCAGCGGCAGCAUCUCCUGCACCUGCGGCGCGCCCACCACGGGAUGCCGCCGCUCCCCACGGGCCGCGUGUUCCAGUGCAAGACGUGCAGCCGGCAGUUCCCCACGUUCCAGGCGCUCGGCGGCCACCGCGCCAGCCACAAGCGCCCGAGGGUGCUCCAACAUCAGCAGCAGCCAGUCGUCGCUGAUCACGCGGGGCUCUGCCUCGGGCGCCAGCAGCCGCCGCAGCCGCCGCCGACGCCCAAGCCGAGGGUGCACGCGUGCCCCGUCUGCGGGCUGGAGUUCGCCAUCGGCCAGGCGCUCGGCGGCCACAUGCGCCGGCACCGCGCCGACGCCGACGCCGACGCCGAGGCGUCUAACAAGUUGCGCCCGCCGCUCGACAAGGCCGCCUGCGACGUCGCCGGCGGGAUCUGCCUGGACCUCAACCUCACGCCGUUGGAGAACUGCGCCAAGUGCCGGGGCGUGUUGGUGCUAGGCGCCGCCGGGCAGGGUGGUGUACAUAAGACGCUCGCCAUGUUAGAUUGCUCGCUGUAGUUAUUGAGCCUUCGUUCCGCGUUGUUUAGACUGCACAUAAAUCUCCUUCUUUCAUGGUGGUGCUUCGUUAGCGCUCUUUGUUUCUGCUCAUCCCCGUAUACUGUUCCAUUGUUACCUUUUUGGGUUAACGACCCAAUCCUUUCCAUGCAUGGAAAAGAAAAGACAUGUUAGAUUCUGCAGUUCUAUGUAAUUCUAAUAUGAUGAUAACGGACAAGUCCUUAUUGUUUUUUUA